AGGUGCCCCCAGACACGCCAGUUAGCCGGGGUUGUUUUGUCGAAAUAGACACUGCGAGGAUGUGGAAAGCAUGACGGCACCGGGUGUUAUCAAGGAGCCGAAACUCAAGCGAAAACCACUCCCCAAAGGAAAGUCCCUUUCAACUGAUUGGCUACUCACGGCAGAUCCCAUCAUGGAGGUGAUCACACCAUCAUACGAGUGCCAAACUACAUCAUAACUGCCAAACCACUGAGGAUCACGGCCCAGCCAAGUUGACACACAAGCUUGGGAGAUACAUGGACGCACACACGUGCGCACACACACACACAAGCCUUGAGUCGGAAGCCUCAUCUGGAACCUCAGCUCUUCAAUUAACCAGCUUUGGGAAAGCCUUUUAAACUCUCUGACUUUCAGUUCCCUCUCCCGUAACAUGGGAGGGUCACAGUUAACCCUCUAAAGAAGGCAGGGAAAGAUAUUUUGAGAUCAAAUGGGAAAAUGCGUGUGGAAAUGCCUUGGACAUUAUACCAAAAAACAAAUUAAAAAAACCCAAACCCUUUGCCAUUGAGUUGACUUCCACUCAUAGUGACCCUGUAGGACAGAGUAGACUUGCACCCACAGUCUCCAAGGAGCUGCUGGUGGAUUCGAACUGCUGACCUUUUGGCUACCAGCUGAGCUAAGUCUUAUACAUUACCGUUAUAGCAGGGUUAUUAAUUCCCAUUAUAUGCCACCUGUGUUGUGAGGUGUGUAACCUCACAAACUUUAAGUGGUUUGACAAUCCUAAACCAUUGCUGUCAAAUUGAUUCCGACUCAUAGCGACCCUAUAGGACAGAGUAGAACUACCCCAUAGGGUUUCCAAGGAGCAGCUGGUGGAUUUGAACCACCGACUUUUGGUUAGCAGUCGAGUGCUUAACCACUGUACCACCAGGGCUCCUUUUUGAAGUCCUAGACAGAGGCGUAAAGGGUGUGCCUGACCCAAGCCAUGGUCUUUUUAGUUACCUACAUGUAUGCAAAAGCUGGACAAUGAAAAGGGAAGACAGAGAAUUGACGCAUUCAAAUUGUGGUGUAGGUGAAGAACAUUGAGUAUACCGUGGGCUGUCAGAAGAACGAACAAAUUAGUCUUAGAAGAAAUAGAACCAGAACACCUCUUAGAAAUGAGGAUGAUGAGACUUCCGCUCGCUUACUCUGGACACGUCAUCUGGAAAGACCAACUGCUAGAAAAGGACAGCAUAAGCGAAAACAAGGGAAACCUUCCAUGAGAUAGAUUGACGCAACAGCUGCAAGAAUGCAAUGAAAAACACCAACGAUCAUGAAGGUGGUGCGGGACCGGGCAGCGUUCCGUCCUGUUGUACGUGGGGUCGCCAUGAGUGGGAGCCAAUUCAACCGCCACUAACAACAACAAAAGAUGGGGAUUGUGCAACGAGUUAGAUUCUUAUAAAAGGAUCGUAAUUACAGCCGCUAAAACAUAGCCUCCGGUGACUAUAGCAGGUCAGAGCUGGUCGUGGUUAUGGAUCUUAACGUUCGGAGCACUGGCCACUUAGGCAGCAAAGGUGCUGUGGACUUGCCGUUUGCAAAAACCACACGUUGCAGCAGAAUACCAAGAAUAACAUAGGUCUGAUGAAAAUUAUAAGGAGCCAUGGAACAUCCAUGCCAUGACUGGAACUGCUGGUUGACAGUAUGGCUGUGGUAUUUGUUUGGGAGCGCAAAUGGAGCCGUAGUAACGAGGAACUCCAGACCCAAUAUUGUGCUGCUAAUGGCAGAUGACCUUGGGGUGGGAGAUUUGUGCUGCUACGGUAAUCACACAGUGAGCACACCUAAUAUCGACCGCCUAGCAAGCGAAGGAGUCAGGCUCACCCAGCACCUGGUGGCCGGGUCUGUGUGCAGUCCGAGCAGAGCUGCCUUCUUGACGGGCCGGUACCCCAUCCGAUCAGGAACGGCCUCUCCCUUUAAUCUGAACCGUGCCCUCGCCUGGCUCGCUGGCUCGGGUGGUCUGCCUACCAACGAAACGACGUUCGCCAGGCUGCUGCAGCAUCGGGGCUACCGCACUGGACUGAUCGGAAAGUGGCACCAGGGCCUGAGCUGCGGCUCCUGCAACGACCACUGCUACCACCCGCUCAACCACAGCUUUGACUACUUCUAUGGGCCGCCCUUGGGCCUGCUGAGCGACUGCCAGCCCCGGCAGAGGUGGGAGCUGCACCGCGGCUUACGCCUCAAGCUGUGGCUGUCCACGGCAGCUCUGGGCCUGGUGCCCCUGCUGCUCCUGGUCCCCAAGCUGGCCGGCUGGUUCCAGGUGCCCUGGAAGCUCACUGUGGUCUUCAGCCUGCUUGCCUUCCUCUUCUUCAUCUCCUGGUACUCGAGCUAUGGGUUCGUCCGGCCCUGGAACUGCCUCCUGAUAAGAGACCAUGAGAUCAUCCAGCAGCCCAUGAAGGAGGAGAAGGUGUCUUCUCUCAUGUUGAAGGAAGCACUGUCCUUCAUUGAAAGGUAUAAGCACGCACCGUUUCUUCUCUUCGUGUCCUUUCUGCACGUCCACACUCCGCUCCUAACCAAGGAGAAGUUUGUGGGACACAGCAAAUACGGAUUAUACGGGGAUAACGUUGAAGAGAUGGAUUGGAUGGUGGGGAAAAUCCUGGAUGCCCUGGACCAGGAGCGCUUGACCAACCAUACUCUGGUGUACUUUACCUCGGACAACGGUGGCUGCCUGGAGUGUCAGGAUGGGCCAGCCCAGCUGGGUGGCUGGAACGGAGUCUACAGAGGUGGCAAAGGAAUGGGGGGCUGGGAAGGGGGAAUCCGUGUCCCAGGAGUAUUCCGGUGGCCGACCGUCCUGGAGGCUGGGAAAGUGAUCGAUGAACCCACCAGUCUGAUGGAUGUUUACCCAACGUUGUCCUAUAUUGGCGGAGGGAUACUGCCCCAGGACAGGGUGAUUGACGGCCAGAACCUGAUGCCCCUGCUGGAAGGCAGGGUCUCCCACUCGGACCACGAGUUCCUCUUCCACUACUGUGGGCUCUACCUGCACGCAGUGAGGUGGCACCAGCGGGACUGUGCUACCGUGUGGAAGGUGCAUUACGUGACUCCAAAAUUCCACCCGGAGGGAGCCGGGGCCUGCUACGGAGGUGGAACGUGCUCGUGUUCCGGGGACGUCAACUACCACGACCCGCCACUGCUCUUCGACAUCUCGAGGGACCCUUCAGAAUCUCGACCUCUUAACCCUUACAACGAAGAGCACUUCGACUCUGUGAUAAGGAAAAUCGAGGCUGCCGUCAAGGAACACCAUAGGACCUUAACGCCUGUACCCCAGCAGAUGUCCCUGUUCAACAGCGUCUGGAAACCAUGGUUACAGCCCUGCUGUGGGACGUUUCCUUUCUGUGGGUGUGACAAAGAGGGUGACAUCAUACCCAUUGCUCAGUGAGUGGCAGGGGCUACUUGUUACCAACCAUGAAGUGACUGUUAAACAAUGCUCACAGGAGCAAGCCUCGGCUGGCUAUUCAAUUCCAUUUGAGAUCCCAAAACGUGGCCUAAACCAUACUCUUCUCUCUCAAAUUUCAAGUCUUCCUUUGAGUCAUGUCCAAGAGCUCAAUGAAACAAAAGUUGGUCUGUAGCAGGGUGAGCCCAGAGUGUAACAUUUACUUUAUCAAGUUUAUAUACAAUCAUGUCAUUGGUCAAGGACAGAUCGAGGUGACCUUCUGAAGAUUCUAGCGGACCCGGGGUUCUUAGAAGCUGCCUUAUAGAUGUAGCAGGUCCAGUGUUAUUGAUUUCACGUGGUUAAGUUAGAAAUUCCUUCCUGUAUGUCCUAAACCCAUGCACGCUCCUUUUUUUUUUUUUUAAUUAUAGGGCACCAAAACCAAACCAAACCCAUUGCUGUUGAGUCAAUUCCGACUCAUAGCGACUCUAUAGGAGAGAGUAGAACUGCCCCGUGGGGUUUCCAAGGUGUGGCUGGUGAAUUUGAAUCGCUGAUGUUUUGGUUAGCAGCCAAGCUCAUUAGCCAUUACGCCAUCAAGGCUCCAAAUUAUGGAAUACACAAGUUGAGUAUCAAUGGACAGAAAUGGCCUCACUGAGUUUUUUUUUUUCCUAGAGUAAUUUCUUCCUUUUUUUCAUUGUGUUUUAGGUGAAAGUUUACAGAGCAAAUUAGUUUCUUAUUAAACAUUUAAUACACAAAUCAUUUUGUGACACUGGUUGCUGUCAGGGAUUGAAUUAUGUCCCCACAAAAAUGUGUGUGUCUAUCAGUUGGGCUGGGCCAUAAUUCCUGGUAUUGUGUGAUUUUCCUCUAUGGUGUAAAUCCUGCCUCUGUGAUGUUAAUGAGGGAGGAUGGGCGGCAGUUGUGUUAGUGAGGCAGGACUCAAUCUACAAGAUUGGAUUAUGUUUUGAGGCAAUCUCUUGAGAUAUAGAAGUGAGAAGUGAGCAGAGAGAUAGGGAGACUUCAUACCACCAAGAAAGCAGCACCGGGAGCAGAGUGUAUCCUUUGGACCCAGGGUCCCUGUGCCUGAGAAGCUCCUUGACCAGGGGAAGAUUGAGGACAAGGACCUUCUUCUACAGCCGACAGAGAAAGAAAGACUUCCCCUGGAGCCGAUGCCCUGAAUUUGGACUUCUGGUCGACUUUACUGUGAGGAAAUAAAUUUCUCUUUGUUAAAGCCAGCCACUUGUGAUAUUUCUGUUAUAGCAGCAUUAGAUAAGUAAGACAGUUGCCAACCCCGCAGUGUGUCAGCACUCUCCCCUUCUCAACCUCGGGUUUCCCAUUUCCAUUUGUCCAGCUUUUCUGUCCCCUCCUGCAUUCCCAUUCUUGCCCUUGGGCUGGUGUGCCCAUUUAGUCUCAUAUACAUGGUUGAAUUGCAAGUAUUAUUGUUUAUUUUAUAAAAAAUAGGC